AGAAUCGAAAACAGUCAAAGUGGAAGUAACUUGACUAAAAGAGCACCAAAAUCGAAGUUCAAAUUCCUUCUUUCCUCGCGAGGAUCGCCAUUUAUACUCUUUCCUUUCAGGGCUAAGGUUCAUGUUCUCGGUUCCACUGCCGCCGACGAGUUUAUUCCUGAUAAUUACAUUAGGAUGCAACGUAAGAAGGCCCGAUUUACAUCUUCUAAGGUAAACCCAAUCGGACAUGAGUCUAAUUCUGCAAGGUUGAAUGGUACAACAGAUGACUCUCAGCUACAAAGCUUAUGUACACAUUGUGGCACCAGCUCAAAGUCCAAACCAAUGUUGCGUCAUAGUCCUGCUUGCCCAAGGACACCGUGCAAUGAAUGUGAAUUGACAUCGGCUAAUAAGAUGAUCCAAAUUAAGACCACUCUGUACCCAGAAAAGCAAAUUGGUCAUCUUCCAGGCGUUGAUGUUGGUCAGCAGUUUGGAACACGGGCAGAAAUUGUUUCUAUAGGUUUACAUGGUAACUGGAGUAGUGGAGUCGACUGCAUGUCAACGUCCUACGCGAAUAUGGAAAAGUUCAAAAGUUACACUUUUCCGCUUGCAUUAUCGAUCAUUAUGUCAUGGCAGUAUGAAGAUGGCAUGGAUAAUGAAUAUGAUGUAAUUUAUACCAGUCAAGGUGGCACUAAUCUUAAGGGUAAUCUCAAGGGUAGUUAUUUGGCACUCAAGAAUAAUGUUGACCAACAUGUCCCUGUGAGACUAAUUCGUUCACAAUCAGAAUAUACAGAUAGUAUGCGCAGAUGGUUGUACACAUAUGAUGGCUUGUACGAGGUUGUUAAAUUCUGGGCAGAGAAAGGUACUUCUGGAUUUACUGUUUUUAAGUUUGGCAUGAAACGUCUUGAAGGGCAGCCUCCAUUGACAAUUAACCAGGCCCCAAAUUUUAAAGGACAUGUUCCCAAGUCUAUUGAUGAAUUAUGUGGGUUGGUGUGCAGAGACAUAUCUGGAGGCCAAGAAGCCAUUCCAAUUCCGGCCACAAAUUUAAUUGAUGAUCCUCCUGUUCCACCUACAGGAUUUAGAUAUUGCAAGUCUAAUGAAGUUGCCGAUAAUGUGAAGCUCCCCAUAAGAGUCUCUAGGUGUGGAUGCGAAGGGACUUGUACAGAUCCUAGUAUCUGUAGCUGUGCGAAGCUCAAUGGAGCAGAUUUUCCAUAUGUUCCCACGGGGGGUGGCAGACUUGUUGAAGCAAAGUCAGUUAUGUAUGAAUGCGGGCCGAAAUGUGGUUGCAAAGAUUCUUGCGUGAACAAAACAUCACAACAGGGGAUAAAAUACCGAUUUGAGGUAUUCCGUACUCCAAAUAAAGGGUGGGCGUUAAGAUCUUGGGACUUCAUUCCUGCUGGGUCCUUUAUUUGUGAAUAUGCGGGAUUACUGAUGAGGACUAAGGACAUAGACAACACCAUUGAGCAAAAUUACAUUUUCGAUAUUGAUUGUUUGCAGACCAUGAAUGGUCUUGAGGGAAGAGAGCGGCGCAUAGAAGAGGUUCCUACUCCUUUCCAUCCUCACAUCACAACUAAUGUCAAGAAGCUAGAACCAGAGUUCUGUGUAGAUGCAGGCCCUAUUGGCAACGUUGGAAGAUUUAUCAAUCAUAGUUGUGAUCCUAACCUGUUUGUCCAGUGCGUAUUGAGCUCCCAUCUGAAUAUUAAACUUGCUCGAGUCAUGCUAUUUGCUGCAGAAAACAUACCUCCGCUGCAGGAGCUUGCAUGUGACUAUGGUUAUCCCAUAGGCAGCGUGUUGGAUGCGGAUGGCAAUGUUAAAGAGAUGGCAUGCCACUGCGGUGCAAGCAUAUGCAGAGGCCGUUUAUUUUAGCAAUGCUAAACCCCAAGCUUUUCUUUUCCACACUGGAAAUAAUUCUUCAGAUGAUAAAGAAAAAUCUUCGAUGGCAAUGUUAAAGAGAUGGCAGGAUAAACCGCAUGCCACUGUGGUGCAAGUAUCGACAGAGGUCAAUUAUUUUAGCAACACGGAACUUCCAGCUUUUCUUCUCCACCGAUUAUUUAAGCAACGCCGAACUGGCAGCAAAAGUCACGGCCUUCAUUUCCUUGAUUUAUUAAUUUUUCAGGAAAAUAUGGGUUAUAGGGCCAAUUUUUAUUUUAAAAUGAUUUCCAAAUUUUGCUGACAAAAGACGUCACUAACUCAUUAGAUGUUUCAAUUUGUAGGAACCCCAUUUUUCGUGUGGAAAUAAUAUUGUGGAUUUUGACUAUCUUUCUGUAGUAUUCUUUUUCUGUAUAUCUUGGACGUUGGAUAAGAAUUCUGCCUUGAAUGCUACUUCCAGGUCAAUGUGUAUUGGCAAUUUAAGGUCAUAUAAUGAUAUCCAACGCACUGAAGGCA